GAAGAUGAAAUGUUUUUUGUUGUAAAUGGUAGUCUUCAAUUUUAUGUUGAUGGUAAACAAUUUUGUGCAAAUGCUGGUACAACUGUUUAUAUUCCACGCUAUGUAAUACAAUCAGUUCGAAAUAUUAAUUCUAAACCAACUCAUGUUCAAAUAUUAUUUUUACCAUCAGGUAGAGAAGAUUUUUUGGAAAAAGUCAGUAUUAUUAAUGACAAUCCACCAAUUAAUGCUACACAAGCAAAUCAACUUGCUUUACAAUAUGGACAAGUUAAUUUAGGUGAAAUAUCAAAUUGGGAAGAUCUUAAUUGUGUAUCUUGA